UGUCGCUGUCAUAACAGCUGAUAAUGUCAUAGUUAACCAGAAAAGAAAUCGUGUUUAUCGGAUUAUUACUGUGAGAAUAUUGCAAUAACCAUGCCUAAACCAAAAGUGGAAUUCCGCGAUGUUUCAACUAGCAUACAAAUCAUCAGAAACUUCCUUUUAGGCAGAAACUUUAAGAUAGCUUUGCGGUUCCAGCCGUUGAUGGCACCCAGAACACAACCACAACCAGAACUUCCUGAUGGAGUUACACACAAACAUGCUCACAACUAUUACUAUACACGCGAUGGCAGAAGAGAAGUGGCGCCACCCCUUGAUCUUACACAACAACUGCUGACUGAUGGUGCCCAAAAGGGAGAACCUAAAACUGCUUCAGUAAAAGUCCCAAGACCUGGAAAUGUUCAUCUUUGGGAUCAGCACUAUUAUAAUAAUUAAUGUAAAUCUAUGCUGUUAAAUAUAGAUUCAAUUAAAUAGUCU